AUGUCAUCGCCGCACGAUCAAUCACCAGGCCGCGAGAUUCUUGACUACAUCGACCCGACGCUCUUGUUACCCUGCGACUCCGAAGUCUGGCUAGGUGCCCUACAGGACACGGAAGAACAAGACCUUCUUGGUCACUUCGUCUUGCCAGCCGGACAAGGGCUUGAAGCGCGACUAGAACUCUUGGAGUCGCACGUUGCCGCACAUGCCAGGACGACUCAUCUCCCUCGAGAUCUAUUCGAUUCACGCCACUUUGGUAAUUUUUUCAGUCCCUUCAAUGUAAAUACAUUCGCCAGGAUCUUCUGUCGCAAGCGGCAUUAUCAACAUACAGUCAUACAUUGGCCGACAUUUUCUCUCGAAAAAGCCGCGCUUCCCUUGCUCAUGGUUGUUGCUCUCACCGGAGCUACGUAUUCGUUCCACUCAAGGAAUGGACCAGGGCACAUCACUGCUGCGCGAUCGUUUUAUCGGCUCGCGGACUCUUAUGUUUUCCAUGAGCUGAGAAAAUGUGUCCAAGGCGGAGCUUCAACUUCCAAUAUCGCAGAAUCAAUCGAACUUUGUCAGGCGGCUCUGCUCAUGUAUGCGUUAGAUACGCUGUUGGCAGGUGAUGAAGGUGUGCAGUGUGCUGCCAUGACGGAACGAUUGCCUGCUCUAAUAUCCACAAUGCGAAAGCUACGGUUUGUCGGCUGUCGUCACGAUCCUUCAGAGGACUGGUCACUUUUCCUUCAACGUGAACAGAUCAUCAGGCUUGUAUCUUGGGCCUACGGAGCGGAUUGUCUGAUUACCAUGUCCUUCAAUACUCCGCCGUUUUUUUCUCUUCUUGAAAUGACUGGAGACCUUCCGUGUGAUCCUCUCAUAUGGGACUCUGACCCCUCAGCCCUUGAGUCAUUGAGGCCAUUCCAGGACACCACCUCUUACUGCAUCAAGGGCCUCAUGUCAUGGCUUCUGGAUGACAACAUGCAAUCGAAUGACAUCCUUGAGAGAGUACCCCUCUUUCAUUUGCACAUCAUGUUGUGUGCAAUCCAACCCAUCAUUUUUAACCUCCACAUCAGUUUGUCAUUACCGUCGCAAUCAGACAGGUUACUUCGGGCACUAGCCACGUGGAGACACCUCUGGGGAAACGCCAUCGACAAACUGCCGGAUGAUCAGCGCAAGUGGCUCGGAGUCGCCAAGCAUGUACCUGACAUCGAGUAUCUUUCCAGGCGGAUAAUCGAGGUUUCAAUAAGCUCCCACGCUGAUUCCUCACAAUACUUGAAGCGAGUCCCGUCGCACACAGCAAGGGAGGUUCACGAAUUCAUUCGAGAGUUUGUAUCAAGAACAUAA